AUGGCCAGUGUUGUGCCUCCCGUGUCUGAGCUGCUGGAAGCGGCUCGGGUGAAGUUUGUGCAGGAGUUUGGAGAAGAGCCCUCGCUGGCCGCCUGUGCCCCUGGAAGAGUCAACCUGAUCGGGGAACACACGGACUACAAUGACGGCUUCGUGCUGCCCAUGGCUCUUCCGAUGGUGACGGUGGUUGUCGGCAAACAGAACUCUGGUCCUGAUGUUUGCUUAGUAACAAUGAACGAGGAUGCAGACCAGCCUCGGAGAGCGGACUUCAACCUGCAGACCGGUCUGGUUUCUGGAGCACCUAAAUGGGCAAACUAUGUCAAGGGAGUUAUCCACCAUUACAGAGCUCCUCCUGUCCCAGGGUUCAGGGCCGUGAUCGUGAGCAGCGUCCCUCUCGGGGGUGGUCUAUCCAGCUCUGCUUCUCUGGAGGUGGCUUUCUACACUUUUCUACAACAAAUGAAACCAGAUGACGGUGAUAACGUGGCUAAGGCCAUAGCCUGUCAGCAGGGAGAGCACACUCAUGCUGGGGUUCCCUGUGGAAUUAUGGACCAGUUUGUUUCUGUUCUCGGUCAAAAAGAUCACGCUCUGCUCAUUGACUGCAGAUCUAUGGAGGCGAAGCUUGUGCCUCUGCUGGACACCAACCUCGUCAUUUUAAUCACUAAUUCCAACGUAAAGCACUCGCUGACUGGCAGUGAGUAUCCCACCAGACGAAGGCAGUGUGAGCAGGCGGCUGUCAGUCUGGGGAAGGCCAGUCUGCGAGACGCCUCCAUGACGGACCUGGAAGCGGCCAAAGAGCGACUGGACGCAGUAACUUACAAGCGAGCAUGGCAUGUAACAGAAGAGAUACGAAGGACGGAACAAGCUGCUGAGGCUUUGAAGAACGGAGCGUACGAAGAAGUUGGAAAACUAAUGGUAGAGAGCCACGACUCCCUUCGGGACCUGUAUGAAGUGAGUUGUCCAGAGCUGGAUGAGCUGGUGCUGGCUGCUCUGGAGGUGGACGGUGUGUUCGGCAGCAGAAUGACAGGGGGCGGUUUUGGAGGAUGCACCGUGACCCUGCUGCAGGCCCAGGCCGUGGACCAGACCAUCAGUCACAUCAAGGAGCGAUACAGUGGAAACGCCACAUUCUAUGUAACGACACCUUCAGAUGGAGCCCGAGCCCUGAGUCUACGGCAGAGACAGGGCUGCUGUGAACCAGGCGGACAUCAGACCGACUGUGGCCUAGAGCUUUUUCACUUCAAUAAGACUGUGGAGCAUGGGUUUCCUCACCAGCCCAGCGCCCUCGGGUACAGCCCCUCCCUGCAGCUGCUCGCCAUUGGCACCCGCUCCGGAGCCAUCAAACUGUUCGGAGCCCCUGGAGUGGAGUUUAUGGGUUUACAUGACGAGAGCGCAGCAGUGACUCAGGUCCACUUCCUCCCGCACCAGGUGGAGCUGGUCACGCUGCUGGAUGACAACAGUUUGCACAUGUGGACGUUACAGGCGCACAAAGGCCUCUCGGAGCUGCUGGAGAUCGGGCGCUUCACUCUGACUGGACCUCCCGGAGCCCUCCCACAUGUGACCAGAGUGACCGCUGUGCUUCCCCACUCGUCCGGGGAGCUGCUGCUGUUGGGGACAGAAGGAGGUCAUGUGUUUAUCGUGGAGGUCCCUGGUUUCAGAGAGCUGGAGGAGCGAAACAUCAGCCUGGACCAGGUGCAGACCAGCGUCCCUGAAGACUACAUCGGCCGCAGAAACCUGGAGCACGUGGAGGCGCUGCAGGAGAGCCCCGUGGACUCCAACCAGGUGGUGAUCGGGUACGGGCGUGGCCUGAUGGUGGUGUGGGACCUGGACAAGCACCAAGCUCUGCAGCACAUCCCAGCGACACAGCAACUGGAGAGUGUUUGGUGGACGGAGGACGGCGGCUACAUCCUGAGCUCGCACAGUGACGGGAGCUACUGCCGCUGGAUGGUUGGGAACACCGACCCCAACACGGAAGACGAAGAGAAGUCCGACAUUCCCUACGGACACUUCCCCUGCAAGGCCAUCAUCAAAAUCAUGCAGCUGCCAACGGAAGAUGGGCCUCCAUUCCUGGUGUUCAGCGGAGGGAUGCCCAGGGCCAGUUAUGGAGACAGACAUUGCAUCACAGUAAUCCACAGUAAAACACACGUGGCGUUGGACUUUACAUCACGGAUUAUAGACUUCUUUGUGGUCACAGAAGGACCUCAAAACACAGGUAACCCCAGUGCUCUGGUGGUCCUGGUGGAGGAGGAGCUGGUGGUGAUAGACCUGCAGACCGAAGGCUGGCCCGUCAUCCAGACCCCGUACCUGGUCCCUCUGCACAGCUCGGCCAUCACCUGCUCCCACCACGUCUCCUCCAUCCCCUUUAAGCUGUGGGAGCGGAUCAGCGCGGCGGGCGACCUGCAGCACACGCACUACUCCAAGAAGCAUUGGCCUUUAACAGGAGGUCAGAGCCAGGCUGCAGACCCCCCACAGAGAGACCUGCUCCUCACCGGGCAUGAAGACGGGACAGUGCGGUUCUGGGACGCCUCAGGGGUCUGUCUGUACCCCAUGUACAAGCUGAGCACGGCCAUAGCCUUCGAGACGGACGCGGAUCCCAACGACAACAUGAACCAAAGCAGCGAAGGGGAAUGGCCGCCGUUUAGGAAGGUCGGCUGCUUUGAUCCCUACAGCGAUGAUCCUCGACUGGGAAUCCAAAAGAUACAUUUGUGUAAAUACAGUGGAUACCUGAUUGUGGCCGGCACCGCUGGACAGAUCCUGGUGAUGGAGCUGAACGACGAGGCCGCCGAGCAGACUGUCGAGGCCAAAGUGGUGGAUCUACUUCAAGGUCAAGAAGGAUUUCGCUGGAAGGGCCACACUCGGCUGGAUGUGCGACAGGAGAGUGUGUUGUUCCCUGUGGGGUUUCAGCCGUUUGCUGUGGUCCAGUGUCAGCCUCCUGCGGUCAUCACGGCCCUGACCCUUCACUCCGAGUGGAAACUUGUCGCUUUUGGCACCAGCCAUGGAUUUGGAUUAUUUGAUUUUCAACAAAAGAAUAGUGUUUUUGUCAAGUGCACCUUAAACCCCAGUGACCAGCUGGCCAUGGAGGGGCCUUUGUCCAGAGUAAAGAGUAUCAAAAAGUCUCUUCGUCAAUCGUUCAGAAGAAUCCGCCGCAGCCGAGUGUCUCUUCGAAAGCAUCACGUCAACAACGCAGCAAAGCUGCAUGAGGCCAACGCCCGUCUGGAGGCGGAGCUGGCGGAGAUGGAGCUGGCCCCGGUCCAGAGGAAGAUCGAGGCCCGGUCCUCAGACGACUCCUUCACGGGCCUCGUCAGAACGCUGUACUUCGCCGACACCUUCCUCUCGGACAGUUCUCACAACACGCCAUCGUUGUGGGCGGGCACUAACGGCGGCUGCGUUUUCGCCUACAUGCUACGUGUUCCGGCUGUGGAGCGCCGCGCAGACGAGCCAAUCACAGCGCAGCCAGCAAAAGAGAUCCAGCUGAUGCACCGGGCCCCUGUGGUUGGGAUCGUGGUGCUGGACGGACACGGGGCCCCUCUCCCGGAGCCCCUGGAGGUGGCCCACGACCUCGCCCGCUCUCCGGAGAUGCACGGCUCACAUCAUGUCCUGGUGAUCUCAGAGGAGCAGUUUAAGAUUUUCACGCUACCAAAAGUGAGCGCCAAGAUGAAGUUGAAGCUCACGGCGGUGGACGGAUCCCGGGUGCGAAAAGUGGGCGUGGCCUCGUUCGGCAGCAGUAAAACAGAAGAGUACAGCGAGAGCGACCUGAUAUUUCUGACCAAUCAGGGCGACGUCCACGUGGUCUCGCUCCCGUCGCUCAAAAUGCAGGUUCACUACCCCUGCAUCCGCAAAGAGGACGUGAGCGGCAUCGCCUCUUGUGUCUUCACCAAACACGGCCAAGGUUUCUAUCUGAUUUCUCCGUCUGAGUUUGAGCGUUUCUCUUUGUCCACGCGGUCGGUGGUUGAGCUGCGGUGUUUGGUGGAGGCUCCUCUGCACCAGCGCUCACAGACUGAUGCUGCUCAUAGGAACUCUAAGAAGGCUGGUGAAGAUGCAGAAAGUGCAGCGCGGCGAGUGAUGGAACACGCUCUGCUCAACGACGAGAAAGUGCUGCAGGAAAUCCAAAAGUCACUGGAAGGAGGUCCUUUGUUAUUGGAGAAUAAUUUAUAG